AUGGCGGAUUCCACACAGACCCAUCAGCCCGGGAGGCUUUCUUUCCCGUCCUCUGUGGGCUGCAGGGGUGGCUCGGCUCCAGACAAGGGUGAGGAGAAGCCUAGGAAAAGAGCUUUCUACCUGGUGAGGAUGAAGCCCCUGAAGGAGCCCUUGGCGAGCAACAACAACAACGUGUCCUUUGUGAUCCACUGCCACAUAGGCAAGGAGAUCAAACACAUAUGCAGCAACUGCAGUCGCGGGGAGGAAGCCCCCGAUGCUGAAGAAGUGGAGAGGCUGGCUGCAAUGCGCUCGGACUCUCUGGUUCCGGGGACCCACACCCCUCCAAUUCGGAGGAGAAGUAAGUUUGCCACUUUAGGACGAAUUUUCAAGCCAUGGAAAUGGAGGAAGAAGAAGAGCGAGAAAUUCAAGCACACGUCUGCAGCACUUGAAAGAAAAAUUUCAAUGAGGCAAAGCAGAGAAGAACUCAUCAAGCGGGGAGUGUUGAAGGAAAUUUUUGAUAAAGAUGGUGAGCUUCCCACACAAAAUGAAGAAGGAUCACUGGAAAAUGGGCAAACCCUCAGUUCCAGCCAGGCUUCACUCCCGGCCCUGUCUGAACUGGAACCAUGUUCCUCAUCUGGGGAUUCCUGUACAUACGAUAUGCACUCAGCUCCAGAGAUUAUGGAUGGAACAGCGUCCAACGAGAGCCCCACGUCUAGUGAAUCUGGAGUCCACCUAUCUCAAGAUCCUUCAUCUAAACCUGUCUUGCUCCUCCCCCCUAAAAAAUCCGCUGCUUUCUCUGGAGACCAUGAGGACACCCCAGUGAAACAGCUCUCUCUCCUCAAACAGCCCCCCGCCCUGCCUCCCAAACCCAUUACCAGGAUUACCAACCACUUAGCUGAUGCUGGCGCUCCCGUGAAACUGCCUUGUAUGCCCGUCAAACUGUCGCCUCCGCUACCUCCAAAGAAAGUCAUGAUCUGCAUGCCUUUAGUGGGGCCAGACCACUCCCUCGCCUCUUACUCCUCUCAGAAGGGUCCCCAGCAACCCAUGGCUCCACAUCACCACACGGUCCUGCCAUCACAGCUAGCGGCGCACCAGCAUCAGUACUGCAGCCACAGCCCACACUUGCCUUCCGGAUCCAACACGUUACCUAUUCACCCCCAAGGCUGCCGGAUGAUCGAGGAGCUGAAUAAGACGCUGGCCAUGACUAUGCAGAGGCUAGAAAGCUCUGGUUUACACGCAGGUGACAGUGUCACAAAAACUGGACCCGGGGGCCUUUCAGACAUGAGACAAGUGCCAACUGUUGUGAUCGAAUGUGAUGACAAUAAAGAAAAUGUGCCUCACGAAUCCGACUACGAAGAUUCUUCCUGCCUCUACACGAGAGAAGAAGAGGAUGAGGACGAAGAGGAAGAUGACGAAAGUUCUUUAUUUACAAGUUCCCUGGCAAUGAAAGUCUGCAGGAAAGAUUCUUUAGCCAUCAAACUUAGCAACCGGCCUUCCAAACGAGAACUGGAGGAGAAGAAUAUCCUCCCCAUGCAGACCGAUGAAGAGCGGCUCGAGCUGAGGCAGCAAAUAGGGACCAAGCUGACCAGGCGGCUGAGCCAAAGGCCAACUGCUGAAGAACUGGAGCAGAGGAACAUUCUGAAACCGCGGAAUGAACAAGAGGAGCAGGAAGAAAAACGGGAGAUAAAGAGAAGAUUAACACGUAAGCUGAGUCAAAGGCCAACGGUAGAAGAGCUGCGAGAGAGGAAGAUCCUCAUCCGCUUCAGCGAUUACGUGGAGGUGGCAGAUGCUCAGGACUACGACAGACGGGCAGACAAACCGUGGACGCGGCUCACAGCUGCGGAUAAGAGAAUCCACUACAUCUUGGCAAAAAGAAAAGUGAGCUUCACAGGGGCUGGCAGCGGUGGUGCCUCCUGA